CGCAUCAUUACCUCUCGCAUAGACUGAACAAUUCGCCUCCUCAAUGUAUUACACUUUUAAAUAUCUGAGAUAAAAAUGGAGAAGGAUAUCAAAUUAUUUUGUCGGAUUUUUCUUUUGGGUCAUUUGUUCAUGGCUGAAUGUCAGAUAUUGAGUUCGCCCGGUCCACAAGUAGUAUGCGUGGGGGAAGAUGUGGAUCUAGAUUGGGUAUACGGUGACGCUGAUGACAUUCUGUCGGUUGCUUGGAGUUUCAUUCAAAAGUCUUCAACUUUGACACAGAUUAUGUCUCAAGAACUUGGUGGAGAUACGGAAGUGCAUAACAAUUUCAAUAUUUUUUAUAAGACUAAUGGUGGUGUUACUUUGGCAUCGGUGACAAGAGCAAACUCGGGAACUUAUAUUAUUAUCGUAAAUUACUUAUCUGCUUCAUCAGAUAAUGAUACUGUUUCCGUAGCUGUCAAAGAUACAACAACAACUACAACACCACUGCCAACAACAACAAGAUCACUACCAGCUACAACUACACUAGCUACAACAAUGCAUGUAUCUGGUUGUACUUCAAUAACAACUAAGUAUGUAAUACCUGGAAAUAAUGUCACGUUACAGUUUCAAGCAAGGACAGUUAACUCUUUAGAUUCAUCUGUAGUUGUAACCAACCAAAUACUGUCUAAUAAAAACUUUCCAUUACUAUCAGCGCUUUAUAAAAAUGGUGCAAAUACUUUCAUAAGUGCCUGUAACAAUUGUACAUUUACCGGCAAUGCUGAAACAGGAGACCUCUCUAUCAGACUUUACAACUUGCAAAAAUCAGAUGGAGGAAGAUACAAACAUUCGGUGACUCAGGGUAUACAGCAGUUGGAAGGAUGUGUAGAUGUGUAUAUCUUAGAUACAAUAACUGAAACAACUACAAUAUCUUCAACGUGGGGUCAUGGUAUUCUGAAACAAAUUUAUAUUAAAGACAACAAGGUACCUGUUAAAGGUGGAGAAAUCCAAAUUGGUUGUGACAUUGUACACUUUAGCGAUGCAGACACUGUCAGGGUGUAUAAGACUGACUCCAUCCCCACUUCAGAUUUAACAACUGCUCAAUCCUUAGCCAAUUGUUACCCAACAAGUUGUUUUGGAACACAACCCAGACAUAAAUUCAGCUCUAGCAACAGUGGCGUUACAAUUAAAAUCACUAAUCUUCAUAGCUCUGACGACAAGAAAUAUUGGACUUGUGUCGUGAAUAACCAGCAAAUGUACAUGCAGCUAACCGUGUAUUAUUUCAGAUCUGACAUGUACACAAGUACAACAAAGACAAAUUAUACAAUGGCAAUAAUUCUUGGGGCUGUAUGCAUUGCCGUGUUGAUCUAUGCAACAGGUGUAACAAUUAUGUAUAAACGGAAAACCAAAAAAGAAGGAACUACAUCAAAUUCUGCAAAUGGAACCUACGUGAAUGAAAACUUGGGAAAUAUCUCUGAUGUAAGAAUGGCACAACAUGAUGCAAAUGAAUCAACAUCAUUACCUUCACCACUAUAUACAGAGUUGGCACAUUAUUCCAAUGAAAGGACAACAUAUGAACGCUUACAAAAUUGAAUAGGAAAAUUAUUUUUCCAUUUUCGCUAACUGGAAGAACAAUUUUCUCUUAUCUCCGUAUACAAAUAAUGGACUGUACAAAUGUCUGAUGUAGUAAUGAUGGUAGUUUACCAACACUUGAUAUCAUAGAACUAGGCUCAAAUCAUGCGUUAACGCGUUGUCUCCAUCUAAAUAUGAAAAAUUUUGCAUUGGACAAAAGUAUCGUUAUAUAAUGGAUUGCAAUGUCAUAAAAUAUCUGUAUUAUUUUCAAUCUUUUGGUUUUUUACCUUAAACAAAAAACAAGAAAAAAAUUUCGUUUUCAAGAAAUUUAAAUGUAUAAAUCUUCAAUAAUAUUGUAUUUUUCUUGUAAAAUGCUUGAGAUAGUGAUGUGCAGACAUUGUUUUCGGUUUCAUAACUUUUAUAACCACCUUUUAAAAAAGAUAAGCAUGGUCACACAUUUUGUUAGAUUUUGUAACGGGCCUGAUGCCUUUUAUGGCUUUUCAAAUACGUUUAUUCUCGAAUCUAUGGCUUUUUUGAUGAUCAUUUGCUUAUUAAAGUUUAUCCAUCGUUUGAGCAGAAAAUUUUUAAUUAAAGUCCAAGACAUAUUAAUGAUAAACUAUUACGAUUGUAAUCGAACUCUUUUUAUAUUUAUUAUUAUAUAGAUAGGACUUCUUAUGUCGGAUUCCUGGCACAAUUGUUGGUUAACUCAUCUUACAACAUUGAUUAAAGCGUGCACGUUCUGUCACAGUAUACCACGUGUACGACGUAAUGUCAUAUGUCUAUGUCAUAAAGCUCCCCCUUUAAUUUCAAUUUUCACAACUGCGCAGAUCUGAACGUAGGUAUUUUAUUCCUCUUUACGUAAGGAAUGUACAGCUGCCAUUCCUUCGCAGUCACUUUACGCGUUCGUAAAACCUUGAUUAUAGUUUAUGUUGACGGGAUGCUAUGUGUCAUGUGUGUCGAUUUUUUAUAUUCAAAGCAUGUGUUUUGUUUCGUUUCAAAUAGUGAUAUUGCAUAUUUUAAACUGUUCAACAGAAUUGCUAAUGUUUCAGGGUUUGUUUUAAUCUCAAAAUUAUGAAACGUUUUUGGUUGACCAAAGGAAGGUAAUCCAAGUUACCUCUAGUUGCUAUACCUAUUUGAUAGUUUCCCUUCGACAAGAGGAUAAACACAUUGAAAUGACUUUCUUUAUCCAGAUUGGCUUGCUUCUGAUGAAUACAAUACAAUGUUCUAAAUAAAUUGGUAAACGUUGGAAAGUAUGAACUGCACAUUUGUACUAUUUGCUUUUUUUAAAUGUUAUGCGCGAGUGUGUCCAGUUUUUUAGUAUUAAUGCUAACUCUAAUAUAUGAGCUUGUAUCUAACUGCGUAACAACGAUUUGUUAUGUUCUGUCGAUUUUGCUGUUCCUAGCAAGUAAGGUACAAAUAUGUUUGAUUCAUGUAUUUAAGGCACAUUAUGCCUCAAUAACCAUACUCUAUUUUUUCCAUACAAACACUAUUUCACCAAAAUUAUACCAAUUGCUAACAGAGGAACGAAAGCAAAAUAUACUUAACCUAUAUAGCAAACAUGAGUAGGAAAAUACCAACAACAAAAUAUUUAAAAAAAUGAAAUGAUAGCAUACCUGAGGCAUAAUAGGCCUUUGAAUACUGUCAAUUAUAUUUGUCAUUUAUAUGAGACGAAAUGUUGUGUAUUUAAAAAUAUUCAUGAUUCAUAUUCAACAAUGACUAACAGAGACUUUGUGUUUUGUGGCGAAUUACCACGUGCCAUUUAAUAAGCGACAACGCAGUUCAUCGACGUCGCAAAGAAGUCAACAUGGCUAAAAAUAUAAAAUUGUCUUUUGGGUAAAAAUAUGUUGUACAGGUGGCAUGUAUCCAUAGAUAAGUUCUAUAUAUUUUUUUUAAAUAUGAAUUUGGAUUCCUAGUUAUCAUAGAACUGUAUCAGAGUGUUUUUUAACCUGAAUAAAAUCA